GCCGAUUCAACGUGCAACGUGCAACUGCGAUUCCUACAGUUUGUGAUCACGAGUACUGUACAGCCAAUACCAGUGCAUGAGCAAUUUGCAUGAUACAACAAUCGUACUGAGCUACGGAACAAUUCCAGCUUCGCGGGUACACCAAAGCCGCAGCAAAGCUUGUUCAAGUCGCCCAGCACAUCUCACCAUCACCGAACGCCAUGGCAACACAAACCAGAAUUCAUCUGAAGCCACUCCAGGCGAUCGAUCUACCGUCUCACAAGAACAUCCCAUCUGAUCAAGCUGGCGGCACGCUUCCGAACCUACAAACUUUCCUGACAGAAGUGCUCGCGGAAGGUGACGGAUUCCUGACCACAACCCUGCACGAUCAAAAUGUAUUCAAGCUCGGGGACGUCAAGCACCAAUCCCCAGCGACCGCAUCAAUUCAGAUACGUUCUGCUGUAAUUCCGCACCAGCCGACAGAGAACUGGUAUGCCCGAACCAGCAUUCACGAAGAUGCCUCCAAGGACGGCACUGCCACUUGGGCAGAAUUCGAUGGCCACCUACGAGCCAACCACAGCAACUACGAAAAGGAGUACACGCCGUCCGUAGUCUCUGCCCACAAGGAGUACUCCUGGGAGCAAGAUCUGCAAGCCUUUGGAGCUACUGCGGGCAACUGGCAGGACAUCACGAUGGAGAUCCGACUGAUGCGCCACAAGAUGCCUGUUUUCUUCUUGAAAGACAGAGAGUUCAGAGUGCUCGUUGUCACAGCUCGAGCGCAGGACCAGGACAAAUUCAUAGUCGUGCAAAUUCCCGUGGCGCGCAACGCCAUCCCAGAGACCGUAUCGCAGGCCGGACAACAAGCCGUGGAUGCGAUCUAUUGUAGCGUAGAACUCGGCGAGCUACACGAUGGUCAGAUCACCUGGUCCAUGGGCACGGCCAGUGACGCAAAGGGUGUCUUGCCAAUGGCAGUGCAGAAAACGCAGAUGGCCAACGCAGUCGCCAUCGAUGUCAGCUACUUCAUCAAGUGGCGCAUGGAAAAGCGCAACUCAUAGGCCAUUUGCUUGAGGUACAAGAAUAGGAGAGCUCUCUCGUCAGACGUCGUAGGUGAUCGCGGACAGAUGGAGUGCAUAGAUGGAUUGAUCAGCCAGCAUGAAGUACUGAG